GAUACCCCGAGACUGUGGCAGCGCUUCACCGAACUCCGCCGUAAAUCUGCCUUCCAGAAUGGGGAAUCAGAAGCUCAAGUGGACCUCAGAGGAAGAGGAGGCGCUCAAGGCGGGUGUCGCCAAGUACGGCGCCGGGAAGUGGAAGAACAUUCUCGUAGAUUCCGACUUCAAGCACAAACUCUCCAACCGAUCCAACGUUGACCUCAAGGACAAAUGGCGGAAUAUGGGCGGACAAGGCUCGGGGGCUAAUUCUGUGAAUUCCAGAGCAAAGUCAAUCACAAAUGGUGCUCUGAUACACAAAGCUCAGAGUUCAGAUUUAACUUUGGUUCCUAUAGACAAUGUGAUUGAAAAACCUCCUCAAAGCCCUGAGGGUGUUAGAAAUUCUAAGAAGUAUAAUGAAAUGAUACUUGAAGCACUUUCGUCAAUCAAGGAUCGCAAUGGACCUGAUUUUGUUUCAGUUUUGAGGUUUAUUGAGAAAAAGUAUGAGGUGCCACAAAACUUCAGAAGGUUACUCAGUGUGAAGCUGAGGAAAUUUAUUUUACAAGGCACAGUUGAGAAGGUUCAAAACCGCUACAAGAUCAAACAUGCUCCGUUGGGCACCAAAACACCUUUGCCGAAACAAAAAGUUGCUAGGUCAAAGCCAAGACGAGAUACUAGGAGUAACAUUUCAACUGAAAUGGAAGAUGCUGCUAAAAUAGCUGCGCAAAAGAUUGCGGAGGCAGAAAAUGAAGAAUUUUUAGCUGCUGAAGCAGUAAAAGAGUCGGAGAGGCUCUCGCAACUGGCUGAAGAAGCAGAUGCAGUGGUCCUGCACUUAAAACAGAGAAUCGAACAAUGAGAAAGGAGGCGACUCAAACUCCAAAAGUAAGCAAUUACGAUUUAGUGUUUCUGCAGCCUGAAGCCACUGUCGUGAUUUAGUUCUUUUUGAUUGAAGAAUUUUCUGCUGUAUCAUCUGUUGAGACGCGCUCCAGUUGUUCUGUUUUGCAUGCGAUGGAGCCAAGUUCUCGGUUUGUCGUGAUUGGAACGAGCUUCAUGAAUAUAUUGGGUGAGGAUGAGUUGAGGAAUGCACAUUAUUUCAUAGGAUGUUAGCAACAAGAAUGCUGUUAGUUAUAGAUGUAUAUUCUGUCAGUUUCUGCUCAAUCUCACUUCCUGUGUAUUGUUGGUGGUUAGAUAGCAAUUCUAUUUUUUCAUUUUGAUCUAA